AUGGACAUCGUGGAGAGGGUCCUCUCUGUGGCCCAGGCCAUCCAUGCCCAAUUCGAGCAGGUGAAGUGCUGUAAGCACCAGUGCCAGCGCCUCGUGGAGCGCAUCCAGAUUCUGCUGGAGCCCGUGAGGAUCCUUAGGGCUCAGCCACGACAGCACAUCUCCCACCAUGAAGAGGAACUGAUGAAAAAGCUGCUCCGGGCACUGGAGGAAGCCCAGAAACUGGUGAUGAAAUACAGCCAAACCAGCUGGAUCCAGAAGUUCCUGCGAGCCCGAAGUACUGGUGAGGAGUUUGUCUGGGUGAAUGAAAGCCUGGAGGACAUUGCCCAGGGGCUCUCGCUCCUGCUGCAGGCAGAGCAGAAGCAGGCUUUCCUGGAAGCUUUCCAGUCAAAGACAUGUCGCAGGCAGGAUGCUGAGGACCUGAAGGAUGACAGAGCUUUCUUGGACCAGGUGCUUGCAAGUACUGAGGAGCCCAAAGAUGUGCUUGAGGAGAUCUACAUCGACAGGGACUGUAUGGAGAGCAAGAUGGACUGGAUGAAAAGUGAGCUGAACAAAGUCAUUCAUGAGAUGGAGCGCUUGAAGAAGGUCAAUGUUGGUAAAAGAGAAGACAUCACUGAGAUCAAGCGAGACCAACUCACUUUCCACAGGCACCUGCAGGACACAGAGAGCUACGACCUUUACGAGGGCGAGUACCUCAAGUACCCUGUUGCCAUCAAAACCUUCAAGAGGCCACUGACCACUGACCCAGUCAAGGUGAGAGACAUCUUUGAGAAGGAGAUUCAGACCCUGAAGAAGUUUGAGUCUCCAAACAUCCUUCGCAUGUACGGGAUCUGCAUUGAGGAGAACGAUGGCAGCCCCUGCUUCUCCAUCAUCAUGGAGUACUGUAAGCAUGGGACACUGCGGGAUGUGCUGAACAAGCAGCAGCACCUUUCCUGGGAUAUCCGCAUUCGGAUGGCCCUGGGAGCUGCCAGAGGCCUUUACAGGUUGCACCAGACAGGGGAGAAAUCCCGACUCCACGGCUGCAUCUGCAGCAGCAAGUUCCUGGUGGCUGGGGAUUACUGUGUGAAGCUGUCAGGAUUUGAGCUGUGUGAAACAGAAUCAUCCAUCAAGAGGAAAGCCAAGAAGGACUGUAAACAAGUCUCUAUGUUGGCCUACAUUGCUCCAGAGAACCUGAAAGACAUCAACUACCCUUACAAGAGGCCCUGUGAAAUAUACAGCUUUGGGAUCGUUCUGGCAGAGAUUGCAACCUCCAAAAUCCCAUUUGAAGGCUGCACUCCUGAGGAGAUCGUGGAGAAAAUCUGCAGUCACCAUUACUGGGACCCUCUUGGGGAAGAUUGUCCUGAAGACCUGAGGAAAAUCAUUGAACAGUGCCAGGCCUUUGAGCCUUCCCAACGCCCUUCUGCCGAGGAGAUUGUGGACUCGCUGGCUGACCUGGAGAAAAGCAGAAACCAAGGAAGUUAA